UGUUGAUUGGCCUGGAUGUAUGCGCCGUGCUGGUUGGCUGUCUGUCUGUCAGUCUGCAUGUCUGUCUGUCCAUUGCACUCACGUGUGGGGUGGUCGGUGGUGCUGGUGUCGCUCGACAUUCCCUUCUACAAGGACGUCCAGUUCCUCGUCCGCAAACACUGCACCGGGUCGCCGCUCACCCUCAUCUCGGUGUACGCUCAUUGACUGACACCGCCACAGACGCACCGGAUGGUACACAUAUGGAUGUGGUUUUUGUGUGUGUGUUUGUGUGUGUGUGUGCAGGUCUAAUCUGCUGCAUCUGUUGUCCCAUCCCUUGUGGCUGUUUGUCCGGAUCGCAUACAAAUCCAUCUUCUGGACAGCCAUCCUGGUCGGUGGGGAUGAGCCAUUCAUCCAUCCACACAGACAGACACACGCACAGACGGACUGCUGGCAGGCCUGUGUUGACGCGUGUGUGUGUGUGCAGUUCUUUGUGCUAUACAUGUAUCUUUUGUACCAGAACUUCACCAAAGGAGGUACGCAUACACCAAAGGGAGGGCCACAACUGCACGUAUUAUAUCUGCCCGCUUGUGUCAGGCGGCCCGCCGUAUUUGCCGUCGGUCGGCCAAGUCAGGAUGUUCUUUGUGCAGAUUGUACGCACACACACACAUGUACAUAAACACGUCCACACACAUGGGUGUGUGUGCCUCCAUCCAUUUAUCCAUCGACAGGCUGAUUGGGUGUACAAUGCCAACAACAGAUAUCGGCCUGUAGGAGAGGGCAACACGGGUACCCUCUCACCCAGCAAACACCCGUGCAACCGCACGGAUGCAUGUGUGUGUGUAUGGUGAUUGUGUCAGGCCUUCCGUCCCUCUCGCGACACACGCACAAGAGAAACGGUACGCACACACGUACAUUCAACAUUGGAUGUGUGGAUGUCUGCUGUCCUCAUUGCUGCAGACAGGGGCGCCUCAAUGAGCAACUUCAGCUUCCCAGACCCUGGUCGGCCGACCGGCGCCCACCAUGCCAAUGCCACGACGCGUGUCUGUUAUGAUGGCUUUGUGUCCAUCUGUCGUGCAGACGAGGACGAGAUGACGGGCACAUCCUACCAGGUCGUCACCUCAUCACACGUACGUGGGCAGACACGACAAGCAACAUUCCGUUGCCGUGCAGACUUCCAUGUGUCUCGGUCGCUUGUGUGUGUGUAUAUCAGGCUCCUCAGCCAGAGCCGAGACGCGUAGAGGGGCUCAUCUAUGGGUCGGUGUGACGAAAGUGUAGAUGGAUGGAUGUACAGCCAGCAGCUGCCUCACGUGUACCUCCCGGUGUUCCACACACAGGGAGGCGUUUCUGCGUAUGUGUGUACCUGUGCUAGUACCUGUGUUUAUGGUCGUCUCUGAUUGACAUACUUGUGCCGUCCGUCCGUGUCUGUCUGCACUGACGAGACCACACACACUGCCUGUGAAUACAUCAUUGCCGUUGAUUGAAUCCCUUGAGAGAGC